ACGAUCAGCUGACUCCACCCGGAAGCUUUGAGGAAGCAGGCAACCACAACAACAAAUCUUCAUCAACAAAACUUGAAUUCCUCGCGUUAUUUACGUCUGUUAAUCAUGGAGUCGACCCUCGAACAGCAUCUGGAUGAUACCAUGAAGAACCCAGCAGUUGUCGGUGUGCUCUGCACGGAUCAACAAGGACACAACCUGGGCUGCCGCGGCUCCCUGUCUGAUGAACAUGGUGGUGUUGUGUCAGUUCUGGCCAAACAAGCUGCAGCUCUCACCAGAGACCCAACAGACACUCCGACUGUGUGCCUGGAGUCGGAGUCAGGAAACAUCCUGGUGAGGAGUCACGGCACCAUCACAGUAGCAGUUCACAAGAUCGCCUCUUGAAGACACCAUGACUCACUGCAGAGUUUUACUGUAAAGAAUUGUACAUGCAAACAAACACAUUAGUAUGAAUCACACAAUCUGAGUGAGCUCUGACAAAGAGAAAUCUGAGGUUUCCUCAUUCGGCUGCUGUGUUCUCUGUAUUUUCUGACCCCAUAUUUAAACCAGAGAGCUUGUUAAUUUUCUGAUGCUGAAUAUUGGAGUGUGAAUCUCUUCUUUUAUAAAAAAAAAAGAAAAGAAAAAGAAUCUACACCAAUUCAUCAGUGAUGCUAUUUUAUUGAUACUGUACAGAAUAGGUCUAAUAUGAUGUUGUAUCCAGCCGUGUUAAAACCGUAUGUGUGUGUGAGUGUGUGUGUGCGCGCGUGUGUGUGCGCUUUUUGCCUACAAACAUAUCCUUCAAGCCAAGGCAGUCAUGCACAGAAUAACAACCCUUAAUAAACUUUAACUUGACUUUG